AUGGUCAAAGGCGACGGUUGUAAAUACAUAGCGUCGCUUCACGAACGUUACGGCGAUGUCGUGCGGGUUGGGCCUAGAGAGUUGUCGUAUAUUAGCCCUUCAGCAAACCGAACCAUAUUUGCUGGAAAAUCAAACGAGGAUACGGUCUAUGAAAAGAAUCCAGUCAUAUGGCUUCUAGGAUCCACCGAGCCGGUAACCAACCUUUUUUUUGCACGCUUGCACGAAAAUAUCCGGUACCGCAAGCUUAUAACGCCUGCGUUCUCUGAAAACGCAAUUCGCGAGCAAGAGCCAGUUCUCCAAAAUCUUGUUGAUGGACUAAUUAAAGGCCUCAGUAACCGCUCGGGCAAAGCUCAAUUCCCGGAUUCUGAGGGCAUUGUGAAUAUAGCUGCGUGGUAUAAUUUUGCCGUUUUCGAUAUCCUGACACGUCUCUGUUUUGGGGAGGAGCAAGGUUGCCUAAUACGUGGGGAUUAUGAUCCCUGGCUUCAAGCACUGUAUGAAGGGCUUCUGAUGUCACACUUUGUGCAAGCCGCCCAUCGGCUAAGACCGUACCAUAUCAUAUUGGAACGAUGUAUCCCUUCAGGUCUUACUAAAGCUCAUAACCCGCAGUCAGCAGAAUAUUAUCCCCGAAAACUGAAAGAAAGUCGGGACAAGCAGGGAAAUAUUAAGCUGGUCAUCACUCAUCCAGAAUUCGCAUCAUUCUUCCAAGAAGGAUUGUCGAAUGAGGAACUGGAGGAUAACGUUAAUGUUCUUAUUGCUGCGGGAGCUGACAGCACCAUCACCACACUUUCAUCGCUGACAUAUUAUCUCAUUCAUAACCCAGAGUGUUAUGAGCGGUUAAAGAGCGAAAUCAAGAACACCUUUCAGGCUGAAGAUGAUAUCACCCUUGCAGCUACGAGGCGCUUACAUUACCUCGGAGCUGCCAUCAAAGAAACCAUGCGUAUACACCCACCGGUUCCUGUGGGACUUCACCGUGUAACUCCUAAAAAGGGCUCAGUGAUCGAUGGGCGGCCUGUGCCUGGUGGGGUACGUACAGUUAAUUCCCCCUGUUUGUUAUUUCGUACCUGA